CAUAUACUCCUAUUUCUUUAUUAACGUACUUGAGUAACAGCCGUUGAACUUGCAUCUGGCGUAUGCUGACAGCCAUUUCAAGGCAGCUUUUGUGGACUUCACUCUGACUCCGCCGUGAAGCGCAGAAUAUGCAGUAGGCAAAGCGUUGCACUUAAGAAGGACUGCACUCCGUCUUUACAUGGAUUUCCGCAAGAGUUACGGCGGUCCUGUGGGCCGCCAUGGGGCAGACCCCUUCGCGCAGCUUGGGAAGGACACGCGACAAGAGCGAGACGAUCGUGCUCGCCAAGAGCGUGAUGCGACUGGAGCGAUAGCCAAUAGCAAAACAGCCAGCAGGUCGUCCGCCUUGACCAAGGGUUCUACUGGCGACACUCGCAGGAAUUCCCUUUCUGCAAGGACGUCUGGGCAUUACGGAGCUCUCAGCCGCAGCGUUGACCUCAGUUCCGGAACGCCGAGGAACCCCACCAACAGCGGCAUUCCUCGUCAGCCAGGGCUGCCAUCUCCAGCUGCUUCAACUCCUCCGCGUCCGGUCGCACAAUCACCGGCAACCAGCACCGCCCACGACACACACUCAAGGGUCCAUCAACUUGUGGCCGAGGGUCAGCACCUACGGGAACAAAAUAGCAACCUCGAGGCCGCCCUCCAAGCCGCCAACUCACGCUGCUCAGAGCUGCUCUCCCACGUGCAACAACUUAACGACACGCUAGCCGCCGAACGCGCCGCAGCCGCAGAAGCAUGCCGCGAACGCGACGAGCACGCUGCGGAGCUCGAGCGCGCACGCAUGCAAGCCGCAGAACUCAAGGCCAGCGGCAGCGUUGCCCUGGCUACCUCCGAGGUAUGCCGGGCUGCGCUCAGCACAGCGUUUUCGGGCACUGUGACUGCCAUUGGUAACGCGCAUGACGAGUUGCGGCAUGCGCUGGCGAGCCGGGAGAAGCAGGACCGGCAGCUAGCGGCCUCACGGGUGCGUGUCGCACAGCUUGAGGCGGCAAUGGCGGACCGGGAGCGGCAGCUAGCUGCUGCAGCCGGGGAGCGGCGACGGCUGGGGAGGGAGAUGGAGGAGCUGGCUGGGCAGCUGACGGCGAAGGAUGACAAGUUGAACGCCCUGGCCGCGGUGCUAGUGCCAGCGGCGUCUGCGGGCGUGCAAGAGGACCUGGUGGCCGUUGCGAACAGUCUGACUGAGAGGCUAAGGGAGCUUCAGCGGCAACUGGAGGAGCAUCGCUUCCUGGCGGAUGACAUGGAUGCGGGCGACGCGAAGGCAACCCUGAGGGCGCGACAGGCGAAGACGGCCGCUCAUGUCGCUUGGGGCAGCGCUGGUGGCGCUAGUUGUGGUGUUAGCGCCGGAGGUGCCCUCGCUUGCACCCCUGGCGGCAGUGGCCUCAACGCUAGCGGCCUCACCACAGGCAGCAGCCCCAGCGAGAGCGGGAAGAAGGCGACGAGGUCGUUGGCUGCCAAGGUUUCAGAGUUAACGGAGGCCCGGGAGCAGCUGGAGGGGGACAACCUGCACAUCGCAGCAGAGAACGAGCAGCUGCGGCAGGAAAACUCGGACCUACGCGCUCGCCUCCAAGAGCUCAUCGCAGCCGCCGCCGAAGCCACCAGCAGCACUGCCUCCUCCCCUACGCAGCACACAGCAACCACCACGACUGCCGCCAUCAUCGCCACCACCUCCUCAGCCCGACGGGCCGCAACCGGCAUCGCCUCCUUUCCCCUCAAGACGCCCACCACGCUCUUUGCUGCUGUCCUCCAUUCCGACAAAGCUGCGGAGUUUGAAAACGCAGAACCCGUCGAUACGGGGGUUAGCAACCGCGCUACCGCCAAAAUGGCAGUUGGGUUGGAUGAGCUUUCCGCGCGGGCUGAGGAGUGGCGCAGGCAGGCGGAUGCGAGCCGGACACAGGCACGUGAUGCGCAGGAGCGCGCGGAGCAGGCAGCUGAAAGGCAGCGGGAUGCGGAGGCGAUGGCGGAGGCGGUGCGAGUGGAGCUGGAUAACGUCCGGAGGGAGCUUGAUGCGGUUCGGGAGGAGGUUGAGGAGGCGCGGGCGCGGGCUUUGGAGGCAGGCCGGGCGCAGGAAGCGGCGGAGGAGCGGUUUGCGGCAUUGCAAGCGGCGGAGGAGGGUCGCUUAGCGAAGGUCCAAGAGCUCCAGGCCGAGUCAGCCCGGCUCCGAUCUCAGCUGCGGUCCCUUCAGGAGGAGCUGGGUAAGGAGCAGCGGGCCAGUGGCACGGCCAAGGAGCAGCUCAAGGCCAUGCACGCCAAUGAGGACGCGCUCAUGCAGCGCAUCCUGGCGGGCGAGGCGGAGCGGCAGCUGCUGCUGAGGCAGAUCGAGGAGAGCAACGACACGCUGGCAGACCUGCGCCGCAGGUUGGAUGAGAGCGCUCAGCAGGUGGCUGAAGCGGCGGAGCUGCGAGCCCGGGUGGCUGGGCUCACGGCAGCGGCAGAGGCGGCGGGGGCUCUGCAGCAGCGGGAACAGCAGCAGCAACAGGAGCAGCUGCAAGGCCUCGGGGCCUCUCCUGCCGCGGCGGCUCGCAGCGCAGCGUCAGCAGCGAGGAUGCAGCUGCUAGAGCGGGAGGUGCAGGAGCUGAGGGCGGCGCUGCGGGCCAACGCGGAGCGGGCCAGCCAGGACAGCCGCGCGCAUGAACGGCGCGACCAGCAGAUGGCAGCCCUGCGGCAGCAGGCGCUCGAGGCGGAGGUCCAGCAGCGGCAGGUGGAAGCGGAGCUUCGGCUGCUGCGCUCUCAACUCGCCGAGAAGACGCGCCUGCGGGAGCAAGUCGAGGAACUGCAGUGUCAGCUUGCGGCCGCCACAGCGCGUGCGGAUGAGCUGCCGGCGCGGCUGGCCGCUGUCACAGCUCAAGCGGACGAGCUGCUGCGUCGUGCGGAUACGGCUGCGGGUCGGGAGGAGGAGUUGCAGGGGCGGUUGGCGGCUGCGGUUGCGAGUAAUGAGGAGUUGAAGGACAGCUUGCGACACUCCACUGCGAGGCUGGUUGAGCUACAGUAUCGGCUGGAGCUUGAGGCAGCUCGCGUUGAGGAACUGCAGGAAUUGCAGAUGCAGCAACAGCAGGAGGAGAAGGAGGUGGAUGAUGAGAAGCAACGACGCGGCAAGCAGUGUGCCGCGAGUGACCCACGGGUCGGUGGUGGCGUUACCAUUCAGGUUCAGUGCGUCGACGCGUGUGACGACGUCUGCAACGAUGUACGCGGCGAGGGAGACGUUGGCGUGUCAUCGUCAGGUGAUUACGACUUGAAGCGCGAGCGCGACCGAGGCGUGAAGGCGGACUGCAAGGCAGACGUCAGCAAGGCAACACCCCUGCAUGCGCCCCAGUUGCAGCAGGGACAACGUCAAGCAGCCACAGACACGGCAGCAGUACACCAAGGCGGGCAGGAGAUUUUGCCGUACGACGGUGAUGACGUGGAUAUCGGCGGCAACUGCAGCCGUUUUGCGGAGGACGCUAACGAUGCGCAGCAGCAACAACGCCUGCAUCAAUCCUCAUCCUCACACUACCACGAUCACCAACACCAGCAGCAGCAGCAGCAGCCCCCUCACCAGCACCACAACCAGCACCGCACCGUGUCCCGCCACGCCGCUCUGGUAGCACGCAUGCUGAACGCAGGUCCGCAGCUCGCCCUCGUUUCCUCCUAUAGCAGCCUCCCAGAGAGCCUUCUAGAAUCUGCCAUUCCCGAAGAUCGUGAAGCUGAAGAGGACGAGGACUUCCACAUGUCAGGUGCCCUCGGGGGCUGCCGACGGGGUUCACUCUCCGGGCAGCAGCAGCAGCGCCGACGCCAGCAGCAAGGGCGGGCUCAGCCGCUUCGGGUUGUGUUGGGCCUGGCUGUGAAGGGUAGCGUACUGGCGGGCGCGAUGGUUGCUGGGUUGCUGAUUGGGAACGCGCAGGGCUUUCAAGGUCUGGUGGCAAGGCAGGGCAGCAGCGGUGCUAGGAAGGGAGCGGGGGGUGCCGCCGGGCAGGCGGUGGUGGCGGUAGAGGGCAUUGUCCUGCCUCCCAUGUAAGGGCAAGGUGAGGGGUGCGCGUGCCUAGGAACAGCUGAGACUCCAGGACUGGAGCUCUUCUGGACCGACGGGUUGGGACGAGAGCGAGAUAAGGCAGGCAGGGGCUGGCCUUUCGACUUUUUGAGUUGCAUGCGUGGUCUGGAUCCCUUUUCCGGGGAGAUACGGUUGCGUAGGUUGUAGCAUUAGCGGCAGUGUUGCAGAACACACAAGGAUGCAUGUCUCCGGCUCCCUUUCCUGCGGUACCUGGGAGCGCCUUGUGAGGGCAGCUACCUUGCCAGCGCGGAGCAAGCAGUGGCACUCUCUUUAGGUAGGCACGUGUUGCGAUGGAAGUGAUCCAUUUCUAGGUAGGCAAGAUCCACAUAAAGCAGUUGUACGAGUUGCGGUUGGAGGUUGCGUUGCAAACCUUGCGAUAUGACCUGCAGAGGCUGAUGCGGCAGGACCGGAGCUUUCUCGUUGGCAACUUUGUGAUACGCGCGCGCAAACAGACAGGCCUUUCAGUACCUGGCUGCUGCAUUCGACGCAGCUGCAUUCCUUGCCAGAGACCUAUCGGUAUGGUUCUCGGAUGGGAGUGUCUGGGCAUGAGGGAAGGUAGGACAUGAUAGGGAGGGCUGCCACUGCCGAUCAUACACGGCACCGGGAUCACAGGGGAACACGGCUUCGCGUGAUUCAAACCGUGUGGGUUUAGCCCAGCAGGCGUGGGGCGAUUUCAUGGCUCGGUUGGUUCAUGCAAAGAACCAUUCGUACUUUGUGGCACAAUGUGCUCUCUUAUACCG